CUCGCAAUCCAAAAGAGGAAGAGAAAAAAAAAAGGCAACUACAUAUUAUUUCAUAUUCCGCCUUUCUUUUUUCUCUUUCUUUUUCUUCUUCAUACAUACUUUUUAUAUAUAUAUUUAUGAUAUAUUCUCUUUACAUUGUCAACAAAGCAGGUGGACUUGUUUAUCAAAAAGAUUUUUCUGAUAACCUUGCAAAGCUUUCAAGUAAUGAAUAUCUUGUACUAGCUGGUACUUUUCAUGGUGUACACGCCAUUACUUCCAAGAUAUCACCACUUUACAAUUCAUCAGGUAUCGAAAUGAUAGAAGCUGAAAAAUUCAAAUUAUACUGCUUUCAAACAUUGACUGGUUCAAAGUUUCUUCUGAUUACAGCACCUCAACAAAACAAUGUCGAUCCAUAUAUGAAACGUAUUUAUGAUAUUUAUAGCGACUUUGUUAUGAAAAACCCAUUCCAUACCCCUGAAAUGCCUAUUCGAUCUGACCAGUUUGACCAAUCCUUAUUAAAGCUUAUUAAAAAUAUCAAUGGUCCCUGAUAGUUAUAUAUAUACACAUAUUACAAUAAAAUUAUUAUUAUUUUGAAAAAAAAAAAA